AUCAUCAUCUUAUGCAUCUCCAGGCUGCAGAAAAGCGAUAUGAGGUCUCAAGGAAACACUAAAAUUUUGCUUUUUACUUUCUCUGCUCUUUGAACGUCCUUUCGACUGAGACAUGAAGACUGCUGCUCAAAUUUAGGAUUUUUGGUCCAUAUAAUAGCAUUCUGUCCAUAUUUGACAGAUUUCAUAAAGUUUAUAAUGGGAAGGCGCGUGUUUGGCCCAUUUGGCACUUUUUACGCAUGCUUCUGUUUAUUUGUUGUGCUCCUGCAAAUUGCUAGCUCCCAGAGAAACCCGGGAGCGCAACCAAGAAAUGACCAAAGAGGUGCUUUUCGGCAGACGCUGCAGUGGUCUCACAACGGGAAGGUUUUCAGCCUUUUAAGCCAAGGCUCGGAGUACGUGCCGCCGAAGCGCAGAGGCGCAGCGCAAGAACAAGAGCAGGCGCGACCUGUCACCAUCAUCCGGGAUGCGGACGUGAGACAUCAGGAAGCCCGGAGUCACCCACAGCAGCAGCAGCAGCCGCCCCGCAGCCUCCUGACGAUUGUGAGAGGGCAAGAACAUCAGGAGCAUCUUCACCGGGAACGACCCGCGGAGAGCACCGGGGCGCAGGGGAACCGCACUGUCAACGACACCCGAGAUGUCAAUGUCAGCCCGCCUCUACCCAGAGCCAGUGACAUGAUGGUCGGUGAUGAUCCGUACGAUCCUUACAAGUCCAUCGACUUUGACAAUCCAUAUUACAAUCAUUAUGAUGUUUACGAGAGACCAAGACCGAGGUCAAGACCCGGAUAUGGUACAAGGUAUCAUCAGUAUGGUCUUCCUGAUCUUGUGCCAGAUCCAUACUAUGUUCAAGCCUCUGCUUAUGUCCAAAGAGCACCAAUGUACAACCUGAGAUGUGCAGCUGAGGAAAACUGUUUGUCAAGCUCAGCCUAUCGAGCGAGAGACUACGACACCAGAGUGCUGCUGAGGUUUCCUCAGAAAGUCAAGAACCAAGGCACAGCUGACUUCCUCCCCAGCAGGCCACGCUACUCCUGGGAGUGGCACAGCUGCCACCAGCAUUUCCACAGCAUGGACGAGUUCAGCCACUAUGAGCUGCUGGACUCCUCUACUCAGCACUCGGUGGCAGAGGGCCACAAGGCUAGCUUCUGCUUGGAAGACACCUCCUGUGACUAUGGAUACUACCGGAGAUAUGCCUGCACGUCACACACACAGGGUCUGAGCCCAGGAUGUUAUGACACUUACAACGCAGACAUCGAUUGUCAGUGGAUCGACAUCACAGAUGUGCAACCUGGACAAUACACCCUCAAGGUUUGUGCCAGACAGGCUAUCUUUGCCUAUAUUAAGACACAGCAGUGA